AUGUCUCCCGACGAUGUUCCACCCCCACCUCAACAUAAAUCCUCUUCCUCCAGUUUCGCAGAUGUCUUCAAGACAUUAGGCGUCGUUCGUCCAAAAUCACAUUCCCCCGUUUCUCUACCAGACAGCAGUAGUGACUCUUAUUCCAACACGACCGAUAGCCGAGGAUCCAACCGACUUGUACUCGGACUUGAAACAAUGCACCGUGGAAGCGUCGUGUCCAACUCUUCGGACACGCCCGGCGGUCCAGAUUUUGAUUCCUCUUUGCGAAAUGUGUCACAGAAGCAAAAUCUAACUCAAGCAAUUGAAGAGGCCGAGUUUUUAUCCAAAUCUCUCCCUUGGUUCAGUCCCGAACAAUCUCUUGUGCUGUGGGAAGCUGCGGAGCAUUUGCUGCACCACGAGAGCUCUCUCGAUGCCCGGAAAAGUGGAGCUAAGCUUUUGGAGGCAAUUGCAUCCCGUCAAGACCUAUCUCCUUCGGCUAGAAAAAUUGUCUUUGAGUCAAUCGCAUGUCCGACUGACCCUGAAGUGGUGGCUUCCCGCGUACAGUCAUUAAUUUCCCUGUCAGACCAUGGCCGAAAGUUGGACUUCACCAGUUCUUCCAUUCUCCAUAUUAUUUCUUCGUGGAUGCUGCCUCUCUACGGGGUGAUCUCUAGUACACGUGCUAGGGCGAAGAAAGGGAAAGCAGAAAAGCCGAAUGGUCUCACUCAUGAUGAGGUCGUUUUGGGAGACCUUUUCCAAUUUGCGGUAGAUUUAAUCACUCUACAGCGGAAAGCUCCAUCACAAGAGGAGAUCGAAAUGCUUCUCACCGAGAGUCUCACCAUUUGCAAAAAAACGAGUGUUGCCACUGAUAUAAAGAACUCUUUAGCAGUUUUUGACGCGGUCAUUAUGUACGCAAAUGUACCCGAUAUUAGUUUCACACCUCUCCUUGAAGUUCUCUGCAGCAUCCACGCUUCUGUCAAAUCGCUUUCUGGCCCAACAUCUCGUGCUGUCCGCAGCCUGGCAAAGUCAUCAAGACAAGAAGAGAUGGUCAAUACACUCCACACCUUUUUGAGAGAGUCUUGUAUCGCAGACCAACUUCGGAACUUGAAUGUCAACCGUGGUGCUCUUUACGUCUUCUCCGACCUUGUUCGCGCGUACGGACAGAGUGGAAUGCCGAAGAUUACUUUCGACAAGUUGAUUGACUCGCUUGCUGCCAUUGCCCAUAAGGACGACGGCCGAGUUGAUGCUGAUAUUCUAGACCUGUGUUUGAAUAUCUUAGAAAGUGACUAUGUUCAAGUCGGCCUGGAUUAUGAUUGGACGAAGUUUGUUGAUCUUCUGCUUCUCUGUUCUCGAAGGGUCUUUAAUGACUAUGAUGACUCGCUCGCAUCUCCCACCAGCCCACAGCAGCAACAUCAUAUCAAAAGCACCCAUGAUGAUACAAAAUCCAAUAUCCUUGCAAAUGUGAUUCGCAUAUCUUCGACUCUAGAAUCGCUUUGGGAGCAACUCAAUCGAGAACAAAAGCAGCAAGCUUUCCGUUUCUUGACAAAGAGCUACCAGCACAUCGAGCCUUCCCAGGCUGAGUUGAUCAUCAAUAUGAUGAGAGAAGAUCGAUUAUGCUACCCACAUGAUGAUUUAGCGUGGCUGCAGCAUUGCACCGAUCUCAUCGAACGCUUCAUUCAACCUCGAAAGCAGCCCUCGGAUAUUCGCAUAUUGGCAUUGGAUACGCUCAAAGAAGCCCUCACCGGAUAUGAAAGUCUUCUUUUCACCAAGCAACAUGGUCUUUUGGAUCGUCUCCUCGAGGACUUCUCUACUGAACAUGACUUUCUCUUCCUAGAGUCUUUGGCAGCUUUCAUAACAGAACCUGCUAUCUAUGCGUGUGAUGAUGGUUCUUUCAAAGAUCUGGUUGACAGGAUUUCGAACCCUAUGAAGAAAGAUCUAGUCAAAGAUGAGACGCAAGUCUCUUCAAAUUACGCCCCUCAACGCCGCCAAUCUAGCACCUCCACAAGCGUGCUGGAGUUGUCUUUGGGAAAUGUGUGUGCUGUGACCCUGGUCAAGAUGAUGAUACGCUCCUUGAAUUUCUCUGCUUCGAAAUCAGUCAUCAUAUUUGAAGCUCUGUUGCAGAUUGCAAAGUCUGCAGACCGCCCAGUGGACGCCCGUCUGACUGUUUUGAAGCUUCUUUUCCGCCUUCGGUGUGACUCGUCGGGAUCCAUCACAAUAGUCUCCAUUUCAGAGAACGACUUCUUGAUGAACGUUCUAGGUCGAAAUGUCGAUGUAGGCUCCAAGUUACAAGUAUCCAGUGAAAGCCCUACUAGGGAUCUUCCUCACCAAGAUAGUUUACCGCCGCCAAUAAGCGGGAAGUUCCCUGCAAAGGAGCUAGCGUCAACUGUACUGUCCAAAUCUGGUCCCCGCGGAUCUAUUUCCGGCCGUGCAUCCAAAUUGACUCCUCCGGUUUGGACUUAUUCUCAACCUCAAGUCCUACCAGAGCAACCGCCGGGGGAGUCAAGCCCUUUUGUUUUUGCUUACGCAGAAACUCAGGACGCAUCGAGUGGGACUGAGUCUACUGUCAUACAAACUGGCAUCUUGAAAGUUAAUAUGUGGCUUGAGAUUGUGAUUUCACUGCUUCAGCGAGAAACGGAUUGGGAUGUCUACAGCUAUGUCCUCACACACCUUGGGCCUCAGCUUGGUAACAAGGACUUGUUCAGCAACUCUAUUCCUCAGAUCAAGCUCCUGCGCAGCAUUCUUUGCGACCAAGUCAAGAACGAAACUUUUCAUGAACCCCCCGGGAUGACAGGGUUGAAAAAGAGCGACGUCGCAGCUUGCAUUUUCGAUGCACUUUGUAUGCUGGUUAGCUAUCAUGAAUAUUUUGCCAAGAGUGAAGAAGAUGAUCUCGUGCGAGCUUUCAUGCUCGGUAUUAUUGGGUCUUGGGGUGCUACCUCGCGUGGGUGUAUCCAGGCCCUUUCACUCUGCUGUCAUGAAAUUCCUCUGUCGGUGACCAAAUCCCUCAACAGCAUCCUAGACAAGAUGUCCAAAGUGAUCACUAUGUCGAACAUUGCUGUGCAUAUCCUGGAGUUCUUGGCCUUGCUUGCACGCUUGCCGGAUGUUUAUGUCAAUUUGCGUGAGGAAGAGAUUCGCACUGUGUUUGGCAUCUGUAUUCGAUUUCUACAAACCUCCAGGGAGCAGGAACACCGACAUAAAGCAUCCGAGUCUCCUCUUGCGCGUGCCUCUCAGCCACCGGCAAGAGUCGGUAGCGCGCGAGACACCACUCCUAACCAGGUGGAAACAGCUGAAUCCUCCUCGCAGGAUGCCAUGUCUAAAUAUAUCAUGACUCUAACAUACCACGUGAUGGUAUUUUGGUAUUUGUCUUUAAAACUACAGGAUCGACCCAAGCAUGUCAACUGGAUAACUAGCAGACUCAUUUUUUAUGAUGAACAUGGGAAGGAGGUGGUAGAGGAACAGAGCCAGGUAAUCAUCGAUUUGAUGCAGCGAGUGGCGUUCUCAGACCUGGGAGAGACCAUUCCGUUUGAGACUUUCCCGCCGACCCCUGAGGAUGGUCCUGUCGUGAAGAAAUCUUGGGUGGUUGGUCUGAGUAUCGUCACUGUCGAGACCGCUGGAAUAUCCGGAAUCACCCAAAUUGCGAAACGCCAGGCAUCUGGUACAACCUACUCUGUGUAUCAACAGCGCACAGCUCCGGUUCUCCCACAUCAGGUACCACCGACACCAGAUGCUCAUUUGCAUUCCGACGCCACCCGCACGGCUGUUUUCCCUAGUCAUAUCAUGCUUCAAAUGACUACUACCGCCUUCCCUACCCCAACCGUAAUGCAGCCCAUUCCGGUUCCUGAAGACGAUAUCACUCGGCGAGCGAUUGGCAACUUUGAUCGCACCGAUAUUGUGGAUGGCCACCGAAUUGGCGUUGUCUAUAUCCACAAUGGUCAGACUAAGGAAGCAGAAAUCCUCGCUAACACUGGCGGUUCUGCAGACUAUGAACAUUUCUUGUCUGGACUGGGGACUAAGGUGUCUCUUCGGAACGCUCAGUUCAAUACCCAGGGAUUGUAUGCUGAUACUGACGGGGAGGCUACCUAUGCCUGGCGGGAUCGGGUGACCGAGAUUGUGUAUCAUGUCGCCACGAUGAUGCCUACGGACUUUGAUCAUGAUCCUGCUUGCAUAAAUAAGAAGCGGAACAUCGGGAACAACUUUGUCACAAUUGUGUUCAACCGGUCCAAUUUGCCCUUCAAUUUUGACACCAUUCCUUCUGAGUUCAACUCCAUCAACAUCGUUAUUACACCCUCCAGCCGCGUCGCCUAUGAUGAAUCCGGUUCUGUCAAAGGAGAAACGGACCCAGAGAAGUUGUACUAUAGCGUACAAGUCAUGAGCAAACCUGGCUUCCCCGACGUUUCGCCCGCCGCAACUCCCAAGGUCGUCUCUGGCAAGAAUCUGGCUUCCUUUGUCCGGAUUCUAGCUCUAAAUGCUUCUGUCUUCUCUCUUGUCUGGAACAACAAGGGCGGCGAGCAUACGUCAUCCUGGCGUACACGUCUUCGAGAGAUUAAAAAGGUUCGCGAGCGUGCCCUAGCAGCACAAACUCAAGGAUUCGAGAUCCCGGAAGGGGCGUACCCAGGCCAACGCCGUAACACGAAGCCGAAUAUCUUCUCCGAGGAACUGCCUACUCGCGCUGCUCCUUCUCGGACUGACUUCGCCGCCGAAUGGAAUGCUGCUUCAGACACAAAUGUUCUCCAGAACCUUGAUUUCUCCCGUUGGAGCCGUUGA